CUUGCAACUCUAAUUGCUACCCUUUUGGGGUUCCUUUCACUCGUUUGUUACAUUCGCAGAAGCAGGAGGAAGUUAAAAGUUGAAGUUGAAGACAAGAAUGUGAAUCAUAGACAGAAUAAAGACGAAAAUGAAGACUUGGAGAUUGCAGUAUUUGGGUUUGGGACGAUAGCUCAAGCUACUGACACUUUUUCAUUUCGUAACAAGUUAGGUCAAGGAGGUUUUGGCUCUGUUUAUAAGGUGAAAGCUACUGUAUUUCAGUAUAGUAAAAUUGCAGUGAAGAGACUUACAAAGAGUUCUGGACAAGGAUUGAAUGAGUUUAAGACUGAAGAAAAGUUAAUUGCCAAACUUCAGCAUCGGAACCUUGUCAAAAUUCUUGGUUGCUGCAUUCAUGGAGAUGAGAGGAUGCUGGUUUACGAAUACAUGCUUAAUAGAAGCCUUGACUAUUUCAUUUUUGAUCAAACGAAAAGCAAAGUAUUAACUUGGUCCAAGCGUUUCCAUAUCAUCUGUGGGAUUGCUAGGGGAUUACUCUACCUUCAUCAAGACUCAAGAUUGAGGAUUAUUCAUAGAGAUUUAAAAGCUAGUAAUGUUCUACUUGACGGUGAAAUGAACCCAAAAAUUUCUGAUUUUGGCCUGGCAAGAACUUUUGGAGGCAAUCAAACAGAAGCCAAUACAAACAGAAUAGUUGGAACUUAUGGUUAUAUGGCACCAGAAUAUGCCACCGAUGGGCUGUUUUCAGUAAAAUCAGAUUGCCAUUUAUUAUGGACAGAAGGCAAGCCUUCGGAUGUUGCUGAUGAUUUCUUAGUAGAGACCGGCGAUCUACCUGAGCUAUUACGAUGCAUUCACAUUAGCCUUUUAUGUGUACAGCAGCAUCCAGAGGAGAGACCGAGCAUGUCAUCCGUGGUUCUUAUGUUGGGAAGUCAUAAUGAAUUGCCUUCGCCUAAACAACAUGGUUUCUUGUUUUACAACAAACCCAUUGAAGCAGAUCCUUCACCUGGCAAUGACGGACCGUCUUCGAGAAACGAAAUGAUCGGUUAG